CGAGUCAACGACGCGGAUAAUUGAACACAGUAUGAGUCUGGACAAAUCGUGGACACAUCCCCCAUCCGAAACCAGCAUCCUGGCAGCUUCAUGACCCGCAUAGUCACGCAAUCAUACCCCUGUCACACCAAUCAAUCUUAGAUCUGUCGACAGAUCACUUUCUCUACUUUGCUUUUUCUUCGUCCCUCACCGGUCACCCCUCCCCAAGGACAUGAUAGAGAGGCUAACGCCGGAGCCUGCCUUGACACGCAGCAGCCAUGGCGACAGUGCAAACCUUAACCACACCGGCAGCGGCAAGAAGCCCAUCACGACGGUAGGCCUUACCAAGCCGGUCACGACAAGGUCCAUCGCAAAGCCCCCGACACCCACCAAGGCUGCCGAGCCGGUCCUGAGCCGGACCUUUGACCCAUGGAACUCGUCCGCGACGGGCCACCAGCGCGCCGAGAACAGGCUCGGCGGCAGCACGGGAUGGCGCAACUCGCGCAACUCAAAGCUCAUGACACAGUACGCAAGUCGAGGCACUGGCGGGCAGCGCAUCUCGGACAGCGUCGGCGCAGGCAGCCAAGACUACGACCAAGAGUCCCAGCAGCUCGUCCGGCCUGAGGCGAGGCUCCGCGCGCGUCACUCGGUGCUCAGCAUGCUCGCAAAGCCCGGGUCGAUGAAGGUGGCUGAACGGGAGUUUGUGGCGUCGGCAGCACACCGGUCGGUUCUGCCAGUGGCAGGUACAGCUAGGUCAGCAUCGUCGUAUGCUUCAUCGCCUCUGCUUCAGUCGGCUCUUAGGCCGGUGGGAUCCAGAGACUUGAGAAGUCAGGAUGUAGACAUGGCAUCACCAUAUCCGAUGACAGCCGAAGACAGACUCGCGGCAGCUCGAAAGGCUGAGGACGAAGAGAGCGAGGCUCGCCGCGCGGAUGGUAGUGACCGGCCAGGCUUGUUCUCAGGCGUUGUGGUCUACGUUAACGGCAACACGCACCCGCACGUCUCGGACCACAGGCUCAAACAGCUCCUCGCCGAGCACGGUGGGCGCAUGUCAAUGCACCUGGGCCGGAGGAAGGUCACACAUGUGAUACUCGGGAGGCCGACGGCAUCCUCACUGUUCGGGGGCGGUGGGGGUGGCGCUGGCGGCGGGCUCGCGGGAGGCAAGCUGCAGAGAGAGAUUCAGAAGGUUGGAGGCUGUGCCGUCAAGUACGUGGGCGUCGAAUGGGUUCUCGAGAGCAUAAAGGCUGGCAAGCGUUUACCUGAGGCACGCUUUGCCAAUCUAAAAGUCGCACCGAAGAGCCAGCAAAGUGUGUACGGGUUGUGUCCCAAAGUUGUGCCUGCUGCUCCGGAGAAGGGACUGACAAACGACGACUUCGAGCCACCACCGAGUGCGCAGAGGCCACCAUGAGGGGCGGUUGCGCGUGAAUCUUAAGGACAGCGACGGAUACACCUGCAGCCAUGAUAAUGAGCUUUAUGAGACAUGAGACCCGAGCUUGCCAACUCCGCCCCCGGAUAGGGUGAUCGCAGCAUGUGCCAGAUUUCACAGCGUUGGAAAAAUUCGAUCUAGCACCACCAUAGACUACGAACGGGUUCACACCCAGAAUAUCAAACACUUCACA